AUGAUCAAUUUCAAUCCUAUCGCCAACGAUGAUGCCACUAACUUUGGAUCGCCAACUACUCCACUAACCAAAUCCGAUAUGGCUUCACAAGAUGAUUAUGAAAUUGUCGCAUCACCAAGCACACCAUCUCGCAAGAAGACCGCCACUCCCAAGAACCCUCUUCGUCAACGAUUGAGUGAAAAUCCUUCGUUUGAAUCUGCAGUUUCUGUUCACGGUCUCGCUAAAGUUCAAGCUGCUGGCAGUAUUGGUCUUCAACGAUAUCUCGAUCGACAAGCUCGUAGUCUUCCUCGCACAUCCAAUAUUCCCCUUCAAUUGGCUCCGAGUCCUCGCAACGGUACCAUGGAUCUUCCCUUACUGCUGCAAACUAUGCUGCCGCUGGCUACUAGACGUACCAAGAAGGUUGAUCGUCGUCGUCGAGGAUCCAAUUCUCUCGACGUUGCUAACACUGCUACGACCAACACUUCGCUCAAUAUAUUUGGUGUUCCGGCUACUAUAUUUGGCCAAGCUCCUAGAGCUGCUUACAAAUCUCAUACAUACAAAUCCAUCUAUGCAGACGCUCCUUCGCAAAAACAGCUUCCACUUCCCGAGCUUUCUCUUCCCGGCCUCUCUUUUCCAGAUCCAUCAAUCAACAAUAUGGGCCUCAAUGACAUUCGCGAAUCUUUCGACUUCGACAAAUACACGGCAGAUGCCAACUGCACCUUUGGCAACAAUCCAGCUGUUGAAAAUACAGUUCCACAACAAAAUACCGAUAGCUUCGAUGACUUCUUCACCUGGGCAGGCAUUCCAAACCAAAACGUAGCCCCCUCGAACAAUACCGAGAAAUUCGAUGCCGAUUUCUUCAGUAUCGCUCAUGGCGCUAACACACAUAGCUCUGAAAUGGAUGCUAUGUUGAAUUAUGGUAAUUCCUCUUCUCCUCAGAGUAAUAACAAUAACUUUACAAUCUUCAAGGUUACUUCUUUUGAAUAUGGUCCUGCGGGUGUUCAAGCCCUGAAGGAUGCUGAAGCAAUCAUUUCCGCUCGCUCAUCCUUAUCUGGAGCUGGCUCGACUGCUUCUGAUUCUUCGUCAACAGUUUCGUCGCCUCCUUCAAUUGGUGCGACUGCUUCUUCCAUCACCGAAUCUUUCGCAUCGGCCACCAAGACUCUUUCUGCUGCUUCUGCUCCAGAUAUGGCUGCUAUCCCACUUUCUAUACAAGAGCUGGAGGCUGCCAAUAAGGCAUUGACACAAGAUCUCGCAUUUCAAAAGGGCUUGCACCAGGCAGAUGUUAGACGUCGCAAGCUUGAGGAAAAUAUGGCCAUUCAACGCCGCGAAGAUGAAGCUCGGAUCAAGAAGAAGACAGAUGCUCAAUAUCAGAGAUUGAAGGACCAGAGAAAGGCCAAUGAAGUUCUGACUAAACAAUUGGAGGACCAGAAAAAGACCAACGAUGGUUUGAGAAAGCUUCUGGCACAGGAAAAGACCUCGCGCAGGGAAGAUAAGGAACGCCACAUUGCUGAGUUCAAAGCUCAGACUGAGCUUGUUGCUGAAGCCAAUGCAAUCAUUUCGCGACAAACUUCCGAGAUCAAUAUGCAGAAGAAAAAGGCUCGUCAGAAGACUCAAGUAGAAGCUGCAAAUACUACUAGAGAGGCUGAAGCCAUGCGAGCUCCCGUUCUGCAGAAACCCACUGUUGAUAGCAGAAAGCUUCUCGCUGCCAAGAAACCCAUUGCUUCCGUCCAGGCACCUGAAAGACGUGUCUCAGCCUAUGAUCAAGGCAGAAAAACAACUCGCCCCUCCAAUGUCGCUACCGCGAUUAAUCCAACUCGGGCUUCAAAUUCUAGAAAGCGAGCUGCUCCUGAAGCAACAGCUACUUCUUCUAAAAAGGAACAUGUCAUCAAGAAGGCACGAAUUACUGUUGCAGGCGAUGCAACAAGAAAGUUGGUUCCAGAUGGCAAAGGAGGAUUUCAUUGGAGUGAUAAGUUUGAUAAUUCACAUAAGCUUUUAGGUGAAGCAAAGAAGGAAGCAGAGGAGGAGCACAAUAAAGAAUGGUUGAGAAUUAUGAAUAAUCAUACGGAUAACAAAGUUCCUGGUAACUCAUUGGGCAUUCGAGGUCAUCUUCCUGAUUCCAGACGCUUCAAUGAUCACGGUCGUUUUUAA